AUGAAGUGCAUGCAUCAAGUGCACGCAUACUUCCUCGGCAUACCCCUAUCCCUACCCCUCCUCCGCCUCUUCCUCUUCCUCUUCCUCCUGUUGCACAUUCCUCUCUGUCUCGCCAGCCUUCCUUCUCCCCCUCCACUCCUAUUCUACGCUACAACCACCACCACCACCACCACACCCCCACCCACGCACCUCUCACCACCUUUGGUUUUGUCCACAGCGUUGCAUUUGAGCCCUCUUGUUCGACAAGUCGGUGGCCCGGCUGUUUUGUGUCCCCGCACACCACAACCACAACUACGCUCGCACCCCCCCCCUCUGUUAUGUCUUCUAUUUUGCCCCAUUGAUACGCCUAUGAUGUCAUAUCCCGUCGGGUUGCGCACUGCACACGUGUCACAACCCCUCCUUUUCCUUUCCGUUGCUGCUGCUGUGCAUGGGUAUUAUUGUCGUCGUUCGUGUACGUGUCGUUGUAGGCGUCAGUCUUGUUGUUGUUAG